AUGCUACGUAUACUAUUUGUUGGUGUGUUUAUAUUAUGUUGUAUUAUUGAGACUCAAGAUGCUGUAUUUACAAAUGGUCGUCCAUUACAGGACGUUAUUGAUGAAACAAUUAAUAAAGCUAUGGCGAAAAUGUCAAAAAAAUUACAAUCUAAAUUAGAUGUAUUAAAAGAUAGUAAAACUGCAAUGAGAUUAUGGAAAAUGUAUAAAAAAUAUUAUAAAAAAAAUUAUUCAACACCUGAAGAAGAAAAAGAACGUUUGGGAAAAUUUAUUGAUAAUUUAAAAUUAAUUAUAGACGAAAAUUUUCGUUUUGAUAAAGGUUUAAAAUCGUUCAAAUUACAAUUAAAUCAAUUUGGUGAUAUGAGUUUAGAUGAAUUUCGUCAAAAAUUAACUGGUUUAAAUCCAGAUGGUCAAGGUGAAAAACCACCUGGUGAGGUUGUAGAAGAAAAUACAAAUCAACGUAUUCGACGGUUUUUAAUGGAUUCCUUACAAAAGAAAAUUAAAAAAAAAAUUAAAGAUAAAUUAACGCCGGGAAGAAAACCUAGUAGGGGUUCAAGUACAUAUUAUCGACCAGGAUAUCAUCGACCAGGAUAUUAUCCACCUUCAUAUUAUCCAUCAGGAGGUACACGUAUAAAUACAGCUACUAAACGACCAGGAAGUGUUUUAACAAAAGCAGCUGUUGAUUAUCGAGAACAUAUGAAUCCAGUAGAAAAUCAAGGUCGUUGUGGAGCAUGUUAUGCAUUUGCUGUUACAGCAGCUAUUGAAGGUACACAUGCAUUAAAAACGGGCCAAAGAAUUAAAUUAUCAAAACAACAAUUAGUUGAUUGUUCCCCAAAUAAUGGUUGUUCAGGUGGUUAUUUAGGUACUACAUAUGAUUAUAUAAAACAACGUGGUGGUCUUCAACCUGAUUCAACUUAUCCAUAUGCCAGUUCUCGACGAGUAUGUAGUUUAAAAUCAACAAAAGUUGGACCUAUAAAAGGUUAUGGAAAUACGCAACGUGGUGAUGAAGAAGGUAUGAAACAAGCAUUAAGUACUUAUGGACCAUUAGCUGGAGCUAUUCAUACAACAUCAGAUUUACAAUUCUAUGGUGGAUCAAAAAGUGGACGUGGAUCAGAUAUAAUUGAUAUAUCAGGUUGUUCAAAACAGGUCGAUCAUGCUAUUACUAUUGUUGGAUAUGGAACAGAAAAUGGAAAAGAUUAUUGGUUGGUUCGAAAUUCAUGGGGUAGUAAUUGGGGUUUAAAUGGUUAUUUUAAAAUAGCACGUAAUAAGAAUAGCAUGUGUGGAAUCGGAACAUAUGGUUAUUAUGCUAUCGUUUAG